CGGAACUGGACCCGACCGCGUACCAGACCCACAUCUGCCUCACAUCAUCCAUCACAACGCACGCAGCAUGUCAUCCUCUUCUGCACUAGGGGAGAAGAGGGCGGAGGACAAGCUCAAGUCAUCGCACAAGAAGGAAAAGAAGGCAAAGACAAUGGCUGCCGAGCCACCCGCAUCGCCCACUGCUCACCUCACCACCAAUGGCACAAGCGCAGACGCUGAAGCGCUAGCCAAGGCAGAAGACAAGAAGAGGAGAAAGGAAGAGAAGAAGGCGAAGAAGAGGGCGGCUGAGGAGGAAGCUGACGCUCCAGCAGCCUCCUCCGCUGUCGCCUCGACUUCGAACGGCGACCAGCCUGCCUCGAAGAAGGCAAAGACAGCAGACGCAGCUAGCGAGGAGGACGCAGCUGCUGCCGCCAAGGCCGAGAAGAAGCGGAGGAAGGAAGAGAAGAAGGCAAAGAAGGCCGCCGCCACAUCAGCUGCACCUUCUUCUUCCUCUUCUACAACAAUUGCAGCCUCGUCCAAUGUUCCCUCCUCUGCUCCCACCGACGCCCUUGCUGCCAAUGCCUUCCUCAAGGACCACAACAUCACCCUUGAGGCCCCCGAAGAGUCUGACGAAAAGCCUCCGCUUCCUUUCCUCUCCUUCAAGGAGCUCCGAGGAAAAGUAGACGACGGCAUCUGCGCCGAGCUAGACCGCCUCAAGUUCGAAAAGCCCACGCCUAUUCAGGCUUGCUGCUGGCCCGUUCUUCUAAGCGGAAAGGACGUAGUGGGUAUCGCCGAGACUGGAUCGGGAAAGACCUUUGCCUUUGGUGUGCCGGCACUGCAGUAUCUCGUCACUGGCGGUGGUGGCAAGGCAGGAGCAAAGAAAGGUGGCAAGAAGGGCUCCGGUUCCCCUCAGGUGUCCGUCCUCGUCGUAGCUCCCACGCGUGAGCUGGCCAAGCAGACCCACGACAAUAUGCAAUUGCUCGCUCCUUCUCUUGGAUUCGGUUCCGUAUGCCUCUUUGGUGGUGUGCCCAAGUACGAGCAGGAGCAGGAGCUGCACAGCUCACCCUCUGUGCGCAUCGUCGUCGGUACUCCCGGCCGAGUGCUAGAUCUGGCAAGAGAAGGCAAGCUGGACCUCUCCGGCGUGGCCUACUUGGUGCUUGACGAAGCUGACCGAAUGCUCGACAAGGGUUUCGAGCCAGACAUCCGCGCCAUCAUUGGCAUGUGCAAGUCCCACGAAGAAGGACGCCACACCAGCAUGUUCUCCGCAACCUGGCCUCCUGCUGUGCGAGGACUUGCAGACACCUUCAUGCGCGGGCCCAUCAGGGUGACCGUUGGCUCCGACGAGCUUACGGCCAACAAGCGAGUCGAGCAGCGCGUCGAGGUUCUCGACGACAACCGCGCUAAAGAGCGACGGCUACAGGCUUUCCUGCGCGAGAUUGGAGCUGGUCCCAGGGGCAAGAAUGCAACUGACAAGGUGCUCAUUUUUGCCCUGUACAAGAAGGAGGCCUCGCGAAUCGAGGAGACGCUCCGUCGCAAUGGCUUCAGCGUGACGGGUAUUCAUGGAGACAUGACACAGCCUCAGCGAAUGGCCUCUCUCGACUCGUUCAAGAACGGCGUCACGCCGCUGCUCGUCGCAACGGACGUGGCUGCUCGUGGGUUGGAUAUCCCGCAGGUGGAGCAGGUCAUCAACGUUACCUUCCCUUUGACCAUUGAGGAUUAUGUGCACCGCAUCGGACGUACGGCCCGUGGAGGACGGACAGGACGCAGUAUGACCUUUUUUACAGAGGAGGACAAGGCGCACGCUGGAGAGCUAGUCAAGAUUCUAAAGGACUCUGAGAUGCCUGUGCCAGAGGAGAUGUACCGAUUUUCUAUGACUAUAAAGAAGAAAGAGCAUUCGGUGUACGGAUCGUUUUACAAGGAGCCCGUGGCAGGAAAGGCGAAAAAGAUCACUUUUGACUAAUCGGAUGGAGUCUGGGAUAGAUGAGCAUGUUCACAGGGCAGUCGAUUGGGGAGAGUGGAGUCUGUACGGG